AUGGAGCGACGACGGACGGUGAAGUGUAUGUACACCGGAGAACAUAUCUUUGGGAGCUCGUUCAGUCGGGUGGCCCUUGUGCCUCUUCUUCUAUUUGUUUCCCAAGGCAUUAAGGGCUCAUUUUUCUCUUCUGUUCCUUUUUUAGGUGCUCAAGCCCUUUUCGCUUUUCGUGAAGUGACAUCAACUGUCGAAAACCCCACUGCUUCACAAUCUGCGUUGUGUUCAUACUCUUUGAAGGCGACCAGGCCACUCGCUUGUGUUUCUUCUCGAUCUCCUGACAUUAGUGGUAUUUUCUCCGAAUUUUGUCUUGGCCCUUGUUCUCCGUCCUCUCCGUCUGGCACGUCUCCACCCGGUUUGCCUGUUGUUUCCUCUGUUCCGGUUCUCGUCCCUGUACCUUGCCUCAUAACGACGUCCUUGCGGCGUCCCUAUUCAGUAUUUUCGUGGCGGAUGACCCCAGGUUCUGCGGCUCAUCCUCCUCCAGCGUAUCCCGUUUUAGCCAUUGUUCUCUCACAAAGGUUGGCAAAGAGCUGUUGCGCUUCCAAUUGUUCCGUUUCGCCCUCCUCUUCGCUCUCCCUGCCAUUUUCGCCCGCUCCCUCCUCUUCCUCCCGGGUGUCUUGGUCUGCUUCGUCACCUUCUCAUCCCUUUUCGUAUUCUGGUUCUUCGGCCUCUCCUCUCCAAUCAGCUUCCGCCUCUCGUGAGUUUCCUUCCGGCAGCCGUCCGCCACUCUGGCGCCUUUUCUGUGAAGCUUUAGCCUCGAGGCUCACGAAGGAGAACGAGAAGGGAGAUAGUCGCGCUCUCGACUCUGCGAUUUCGUCGACUUUGUCUUGUCCCCCCUUGCGUUCGCCGCGUCCACUCUACCCUGCGUUCACGCUAAGAUCGGCGCUUGCCACUGCGGUCUCUCGACCAUGGGGCAGUCCCUUUGAAAAUCGGAGAGAAACUGGGAAGACCAGCAGGCAGACAAGCGCAGUGACGCCUUCGGCGGCCGACGAGCAAAGGCGUACGUCUAACGACGCGAGUGAUAAUUGCAUCGCCGGAGGCCAAGAGGACUCAGGAGAGACUUCUGGAAGCGACAGCGGGACACCCCGAGAGGGAGACGAGGCAGAUGAAGCGACAGACGAAGCGAGCUCAGUAGAGAUCGUGCACGAUGGAGAAAAGUCCCGAGCUCUUCCCUAUACUAGGAAGGGGAAGAAAGAGGCAGCACGACGAGCAACGGGUCGUGCAUGCCAAGGGGCGGAGACACGACCAAACGGGAUACCAGACGCCGAAGCUAGAGCAGCAGAACCGGUCAAGUCACUGGAGGGCGUUCAGAGAGAUGACGUAGGAUACCAACCACAAGAUCAAGAGGGAGAACAGGAAGAACAAGGACAGCAGAAAACACACAGAGAAGACCAAGAAAAGGAAGAAAGAGGCCGCGCACAUAGGAAAGUGCGGUCGGGGCAAAAGAAGAAGGACGGAGGAGCCCGCGAGGCAACUGCAUUGCGUCACCUUCAGCGGCGUUUUAGCCCGGGACAUGCGAAUUAUCGCGUCCAAAAGGAACUGCAAGCCUUUUUGUCCAACCCCCCACCGAACUGUCGGGUGUACGUCCACCCGUCAAAUAUACGCAUCUGGUUGAUUGAGAUGACUGGAGUGAAAGGAAGUCCGUACGCGAACGAAACGUAUCGAUUAAAAGUCGUCAUUCCUCCAGAUUAUCCCUUCAGGCCUCCUACCUGCUUCUUUCUCCAACCCGAUAUUUGUCUCAAUCUCCUCGGCUCGGACUGGAGGCCUUCCCUGUCGAUUAGCGCGGUCGCGGUCGCGAUUCUGUCGAUGUUGACCAGCGCAAAGCAGAAGCAACUGCCCACGGAUAAUGCCGCUCGUAAGUUAUGCAAAGAAGAGACUGGAACACGGAACAGACGGGUUCCUGUACCACGACGACAAAGUGUAGCACCGCCAGGGACGGGGGAAAGUUGGUGCUCUCUUCCGGAAAAUCCCUUCAGAGAGAGUCGUGGAUAUCUCGAGGCGUUUUGA